AAAAAAACCAACCAAAUAAGAGACUUCCGUUGCCCAGACAUUCCUUGAUGAAACUUUCGACUCAUCCCUUCGACCAAUCUCUCUCUAAAAACUCCAGGGUUUUUAUUCGGUCGUUGAUUCUUCACAGCUGCACGGUUGAGAUAAUUUCUCUACGCUUUUGGAGAUUUAACUCAGAGAUUGCCCCCAAUGGAAGGUGAAUUAGAGCUAGAGCCAUCAGGUGCUCCAAACCCUUGUGAUACCGAUCCUCUGCUUGACGACCACCAACAGGAUGCACCGUCCUCAUCGUCGUCCGAAUCCAACGAGAUAAGGCAUGAGGAUGUUGAAGCUGGUUUGCUCCCUGCUUGUCGCAUAUGCCUCGAAUGCGACGGCGAGGGAGAUGAUGAAUUGAUAUCUCCUUGCAUGUGCAAAGGCACCCAGCAGUUUGUGCAUCGUUCAUGCCUUGAUCACUGGCGAUCAGUUAAGGCAAGAUUUGCCUUUUCACAUUGCACAACUUGCAAAGCUCAAUAUCAUCUUCGAGUUGAAGAGUUUGAGGACAACACUUGGCGUAAAAUAAAGUUCAGACUUUUUGUGGCCAGAGAUGUUUUUCUUGUAUUUUUGGCUGUACAGACUGCAAUCGCUGCAAUGGGUGGCUUUGCAUACCUUAUGGACAAGGAUGGAGCCUUCAGAAAUUCAUUUAAUGACAGCUGGGAUCGUAUAUUGUCAAAGCAUCCUAUACCAUUCUACUAUUGUAUAGGUGUACUGGCAUUCCUGGUGCUGCUUGGGUUCUUGGGACUCAUACUACAUUGCUCCUCUCUUAAUAAUAAUGAUCCACGCAUGGCUGGGUGCCAGAACUGCUGUUAUGGAUGGGGCGUAUUGGAUUGUUUUCCUGCAUCAAUGGAAGCCUGCUUUGCAUUGGUUAUCGUCUUUGUUGUUAUCUUUGCUAUUCUUGGUAUUGCCUAUGGUUUCCUUGCUGCUACUAUGGCCAUCCAAAGGAUCUGGCAAAGACAUUACCACAUCCUUACAAAGAGGGAACUCACAAAGGAGUACAUAGUGGAGGAUCUCUGUGGCAGUUACACCCCUCCAAAACUGGAUCCAGAACAUGAAGAACGCCUGAAAAUGCUUAAGCUUUUGUGAUGAGGGUUGAAAAAGCUUUUGAGUUAUAAGAUGUAAAAGCUACAAUGUGUAUUUAAUUUCUUAGCAAGUUUUUUUUUUUUUUUUUUUUUUUUUUGAAUCAGAAAAAAAAUGAAAAUGGUUUCAUGUCUUUCUAAACGUUUUUACCAGUGUGUGAACCUUGCCUAGCAAAAUUGGCGACAAAAUUUUGAAAGCAAGGGUAAAUAACAUGAUGUGCAGUUAAACACA